AUGAUGUAUGCAAUGCUACGCUUCACCGCCGGCAAGACUACAAGUGUGCAACCUGAGUUUGCCAAGGGCGGGACUGUACGGAUACUCCCUGUGCACAUGCCUUGCCUACUCCGUAAUCAGUUAGCCAAGGCAAGGACCCUUGCUCGCCAAUCCGCGGAAUCAACUGUCCGCAGAACACUCCAACCCCUGAACUUUUGUGGUCAAGGGAAUUUACCCCUGCUACCUAGGUAG